AUGACAGAGCAGCAUGAAGAUGAAACAGCAGACUUCAAAGUCAUAGAAGCUAGAAAUUUUUCAUCAUCAAGGCUUGAUGAACUAAGAAAUUACAGCUUCUGGAGAAUUUGGUCUGAAGAUGUAGAUGAGCUCAUCAUGAUGGAAGAUAGAAUCAUUACGAAAGGUCCAAAAGCGGAAUGGAUUACAGAAGGAAUCUUAGAUGUGUUACCUGUCUCAGAACCACGGCCACAGCAAAUUGCCUGUGCCAGUGACUCUAAUUUCCAGAGUGACUCGUUAACUGUUCGAAUUCAAAAGAACAGUGUGCUUUCUUCAAACAAUUCUGAUGUAAACCCAGAUGUUCCAGUACUGAAUGAAUCCCCAGAUACUGUCCCUGUUGCUAAACCAAUCAGUUAUGCAUCAUCGGUUUCAACCCUGAGUGACAAAGAACAGUUUCCUUCAUUUCUUCGGACAGUUCCAAGUGAUGAGUUUCAGUCAUUUACAAUUGCUCAUAUUGUGAGUUGGUUUGGAUGGACGUGGGUUGGCAUUCUUACUGAAAACAAUGAGUAUGGUCAACAAGGCAGUCAUUUGCUCAGAAAUGAGUUGUCAAAACUGGGCACAUGUAUAGCAUUCAAUGAAAUUAUUCCAACAGUUUAUUCCAAGGGAACAAUACAGAAAUUAGUGAAAAUCAUUGAGAUGUCAUCUGCUACAGUGAUCAUUGCAUUUUCAUCAAGCAUUAACCUCUACCCUAUUUUGGAAGAUGUUGCUUUGAAUAAUAUCACUGGCAGAGUUUGGAUGGCUAGUGAUGGUUGGUCUCUUUCCCCUUGGUUUUCAGUGCCCAUGUUUCUGAGGACACUCCAAGGUACAUUGGGAGUUACCGCUAGAAGCAUCACAAUGCUAAGUUUCCAGAAUUUUCUACAAACUCUUGAUCUUUCCAAGUAUAAGGAAGACCAUCUGAUUAAAAUAUUUUGGGAACAGGCAUUCAGCUGUAAAUGGCCUGACUCUGUUUUUGAAACAAUCAGCAAUCAGCCCAGGUCCUUACUGAAGAUUUGCACUGGAAAGGAGAAUCUGAAGGAACUGAAUAUCCCAUUUCUUUCUGUCUCUGAUGUUAGAUAUGCCUAUAAUGUGUACAAUGCUAUAUAUUCUAUUGCAAAUGCUCUUCACAAUAUGCAUGCCUGUAUUCAAGGUGAAGGACCCUUCAGAAAUGGGUCAUGUGCAGAUAUUCAAAAGUUUGCAUAUUGGCAGAUUCCACGAUCCAUUUGUAGUGAAACAUGCCGGCCUGGAUUCAGGAAAUCACUUCAGAAAGGACAGCCAAUCUGUUGCUUUCAGUGCAUUUUGUGUUCUAUAGGAGAAAUUGCUAACAGAAGUGAUUCUUCCGAUUGCACGAAGUGCCCUGACGACAAAUGGCCAAAUGACAAGCAAGACAGAUGCUUUCCAAAAUCUCUUGAAUUUCUCUCCUAUGAGGAUACCCUAGGUUCUGUUUUGGCUGCAAUGUGUAUUUUGUGUGCACUUUUCCCUUUUGUCACCUUCAUUAUUUUUGUUAAGUUUCGUAGAACUCCUCUGGUUAAAGCCAACAACCGUGAGAUUAGUUAUUUAGUUUUGGCUGCUCUCGUACUGUGUUUUCUUUGUUCAUUAAUGUUCAUUGGUCAUCCUGCAACAAGCACCUGUUUACUCCGUCAAGCUUUAUUUGGCCUAAUUUUUACACUUUGUGUUUCAUGUGUGUUGGCUAAAACCAUCAUGGUAGUUCUAGCUUUUAAUGCCACCAAACCCAAUAACCACCUAAAGAAGUGGUUCAGCCCAAAAGUCUCUUAUGCCAUUAUAAUCAUGACUACUGCUGUUCAGUUCAUCAUAUGUUUGUGUUGGUUGACAGCGUCUCCCCCAUUUCCUGAAAACACUGUUAUACCACGGUUAGAAAAAAUAAUAGUUCAUUGCAAUGAGGGCACCAGCAUUGCCUUCUGGUGCAUGUUGGCAUACCUGUCACUGUUGGCUGGCAUCAGUUUUCUGGUUGCUUUUCAUUCUAGAAAACUACCAGAUAGCUUUAAUGAGGCAAAAUUCAUCUCUUUUAGUAUGAUUGUGUUCCUUAGUGUAUGGCUUUCAUUUGUCCCAGCAUAUCUGAGUACAAUGGGAAAGUAUACAGUUGCUGUUGAGAUAUUUGCUAUCCUUUCAUCAAGUGUAGGGCUAUUUGGAUGUAUAUUUGUUCCUAAACUUUAUAUUAUUGUUUUAAAGCCAGAGUGGAAUACUAAAAAAUAUCUUAUGGGCAAAGAAAGUAAUGACAACAAAGACAAAUAA